AUGGUUGCAGACGCUUUGGUUUACCACCCUACGGUAUCGCAUUACCUCAAGUUUGUCGCGACAACCGUCGGACGCGACAAAGUCCUACGUACCCUGCAAUACUUCUCACGCUUCCUAGCAUGGUACCUGUAUCGCACGAACCGGCCGGCAUCCUCGAUAGCGCCGUUUGAAGCAACCAAGAAGACAUUCGGCCAGACGCGCAAGCUGAUGCGCGUGGGCAAGUUUGUCGAGCAUUUCAAGGCGGCGGCUGUGGCGAGUGAUGCUAAGAGCAUGGACCCCGUGUUGAGGUUUACGGCCGUUGGGAGACAGUUGGGAUAUGCGUUUUAUAUGCUUUGUGAUAAUGCUUGUGUGCUCGACGCAACCGCCAUCCGCAAAUCCUCAUUCGCCCCCCGCCUCGCCCGCGAAGGCUACCGUGCCUGGUUCGCCGGCCUCUCCUUCUCCCUCGCCUCAGGCCUCUACUCGUACUAUAACCUGCUGCAGCGCCAAAAAACAAUCACCCAAUCUUCCGACCCCGAGAAGGUGGUCGAGACGAAGAAACUCCAAAAGGAACUCAUGGAUGUUAGGGUCCAGUUGUUUAGCGAUCUUUGUGAUCUUACGAUCCCCAGCUCCGCGCUCGGUUGGGUCGACUUUGAUGAUGGGUUUGUGGGGUUGGCGGGUACGACGAGUUCGCUUUUGGGCGUUUGGGGGCAGUGGAGGAAGACUGCUUAG